AAUUAAUAUUAUUAUCAUUAUGUGGGAAAUACUAUUUACUGUGUUUGAAUUAGUCUCAGAAAAUAGUCAUGUUCGAAAAUAAUAAUUUACAGCAACUAAUGGUUAAAUUUAUUUGCGUUACAAAAGUAUAUAAAAGCAGAAUAUUUGAACUGCAUUUUUGUGAAAUAAAUAAUUUUCCAGAAGUAGAGCAAUAACUUAAUAAAGCCACUUCUGUAAAACAAUAACCGAACAGCUGAUUUUCUUAAACGCAGCUAAGUUCACACAAAACCAACACGUGUAAGCAAGUUACUAUUGAAGUAAACAACAUUUCAGAAUAAAAUCGCAAAUAUUGUAAACGGAGCGACUAUAUUUAAUUAUUAAAAUGAGCGACUCUGAACUUAGUGAUGGCAUGGAAGAUCUGAAAUAUAUAUCAAGAAGUACGAAAAAGGAAAAUGAAGAACAUGAUCAAAAAAAACAAAAUAUAUCAAAGGAUGCUGUCUCAAUGGACAAAUUCAUAUUUGGUGAUAAAGAGGAAUUGUUACGAAAUUUAGCUGCAGCGGUUGAUGACAACUCAACGAAACCUAGCCAAGAUAAUGUAGAGGAUUUAUUCGAUGGGGAAGAACAAAUUGAUAGCAAAAAUAAGAAAAAAAGCAAGCGCAAACCCGUUUGGGUUGAUCCUGACGAUGAGAAAAUACAACUCGGCAAUGUUAAGCGUCUAAAAAAUUACAAGGCACCUAUGGAUCACUUGCGAAAGGAUAAACCUUACAAGGAAUUUUUAACAAAUCGCUUUACUCGUAUAGUGUCACAACCAAAAUGGGCUUCAUUGGAUCGUAAAACAGAAGACGCUGAUUCAGAUGAUGACGAAAUGCUAAGAACCGUUGGACAUACGAAAACUAGAUCUAGGGGAUCAUUAAAUCCUGAUUAUAUUGGCUGUAAAUAUUUAAAAAAUUUGAAUCGUGCAAAUACCGUUGAAGGUAUAAUAUCCAGUAUACAAUUUCAUCCCACAAGCAGAGCAGCUUUAGUUGCUGGCUAUAAUGGUUCCUCCACCAUAUAUGCCGUAGACGGCAUUGAAAACGAAAAGCUGCAUAGCAUAUUUUUUGAUAAAUACCCAAUAAAACGUGCUCAAAUAAAGCCUUGUGGCACUAAGGCAUUGUUCACUUCAAAUAAACAUUUUUAUUAUUCAUACGAUUUAUUAACAGCCCAAGAAAGUCGCCGUUUUAUGCCGCAGGGAGUACACAAAAUAAAAAAAUUUAGAAUUUCUCCAUGCGGGAGAUAUUUGGCUGUUAUUGGUUUUAUGGGUGCAGUACAUCUAUUCGAACUUGAAUCGAAUGAACUAAUUCACUCAUUUAAACAAGAACAUACAGCUUCUGAUUUGCGGUUUACAGCUGACUCUAGCCGUAUCGUUUGUAAUUCAAUAUCAUCUAAUAUAAGUGUAUUUUCAUUGCGGCAACAGCGUACUGAGCAUGUAUUUGUGGAUGAUGGUUGCAUUAGAGGAUCUGUAAUGGAUUUAUCGCCUGACCAACGCUUACUUGCAACAGCAAGUCAGGAGGGUGUUGUCAACGUAUAUAAUUUCGAUACAGUGCAUGCUACAAGUGCCCCCACACCCUUAAAAAGACUAUUCAAUUUAACCACUAAUAUAUCUGAUAUUAAAUUUAACCACACUUCAGAGUUGUUGGCUAUGUGCUCCGGAUUGGUGCCUGCAGCAGUAAAAUUAUGCCAUUUUCCAAGUGGGACAGUAUAUUCUAACUUCCCUGAUCCAAGUCGUCGCAUAGGAGCGGUGCGUACAAUAGAGUUCUCACCAUCAAGCGGUUAUUUGGCUCUAGGAUGCUGGGAUAAAAAAGUACCACUAAUACGAUUUAAAUAUUUCAAGAGUUAUUAAGAUAUUAAGUUUCAUUUUUUGACCUAAAUUGGUGAUAAAUAUACUUUAUACACUAAAACAUGCGAAAUUA